UACACGGCGCUCUGCAACGGGGACGGCUACCAGGCCCGGCGCUAUCCCGCCUCGUCCUGGGUGGGGACUCGAAUCAACAGCUCCGGGGGCAUGCCCACCCCUUUCCAAGGCUUCUUGCGGCUCUUGCGCUACAUCCAGAGAGCCAACGAGCGACGGGUCAGGAUUCCCAUGGCAGCCCCCGUCUUGACCCGGGUCGAAAAUGGGCCGGAGAGACAGGGUAUCAAUAUGUACUUCAUGCUGCCGAAGGCCUUUCAGCAGGACCCCCCUGCCCCCAUGGAUGAAACGGUGUACCUGGAGCGCUUCCCUCCGCAAGAGGUCUACGUUCGAUUUUUCGGGGGCUGGAUGACGGACUGGACCCUCCAGGUCCAGCUCCGAUCCCUGGAUGCGAAGCUGCAGGAGGCGGGCCGGGCCACCCAGGCAGGCUUGUUUUACAGGGCCGGCUUCAACAGUCCCUGGGAAAUUGCUAGCCGGCGGAAUGAGGUCUGGCGAAUCGCACAGGGAGAGCUGGGGUGCGGCUCUACCCUUGAGGAAUAACCAGCCCUCCACAUGCCUUGGGGUUCGGUCCAGUGACAGUAAGGGACCCAGACGUCUUGGCCGCCUCUGGACAAAGCUUGGC